UAGUGAGGGAACGCCAACAGGAUGCUUCACAUUUAUACAUCCGUUGAAAUAUAUAUAUUUUUAUUCAUACAUUUAUUAUUGAAUAUGCACAGAACGUUAUAAACACGUGGUUGGUUUCACAAACGGAAUUAAAAGAUCUCAAAUGUUUCCAUAUGCACAAAGCUUUUCUCAUUUGGUGCACAUUUGUUUACAUCACUCUUAGUGAGCAUUUCUCCUUGGCCAGAGAAUCCAUCCAGCUGAUGGGUGUGGCAUGUCAAAAAGCUGAUUUUAACGGCAUGAUCAUUACACAGGUGCACCUUGUUCUUGGGACAAAAGGCCACUGAAAAAUUUGUAGUUUUGUCAUAGCACAAUACCACGUGUCUCAAGUUGAGGGAGAGUGCAAUUGGCAUGCUGACUGCAGGAAUGCCCACUGAGCUGUUGCCAGAUAAAUGUAAUGUUAAUUUCUCUAACAUAAACUGCUUCCAAAGUCGUUCUAGAGAAUUUGUCAGUACACCCAAUUGGUCUCACCACCGCAGAUGACAUGUGGGCCAGCGGUUUGCAGAUAACUUAAAGUGCCCCGCGGUGGGGGUAUGGGCAGGCAUAAACUAUGAACGCAAUUGCAUUUGAUCGAUGGCAAUUUGAUUGGACAGAUACCGUGACGAGUUCGAUGCCUUAUCUAUCUAUAUAUAUAUAUAUAUAUAUGAAUCUGACCAACAGGUGCAUAUGUGUUUUCCCAGUCAUGUGAAAUCAAUAGAUCAGAACAUAAUGCAUUUAUUUCAAUUUACUUUCCUAAUAUUAACUCAGUAAAAUCUUUGAAAUUGUUUAUAUUUUUGGUUCAGUAUAACUUAAAUGCUCCAUGAGCUUCAACUGUCCUACCCCAUCAGAAACUCAAUAUUCUUGGGUUAGUCGUUUGUACAUGUAAAUAAUUGUCUCAAAGGUUAACUAUAAUUUUUUAUCAUGGAUGGUCUAUCCUUGCAUGGCUCAGUCUAUGAAUUUGAGUGUUUAUAUUUUUACAGCCCCAUCCCUCAACUUAACGAAACUGUUGCGGGGAAUGCCUUGUCAACUGCCCAUUGGUAAUAUUUAUCUAUUCUAUUGCCUCAAURAUCUGACCCUAAUUGAGUUAUCAAAUGUAUGGGAGGGCUGUGAACAUGCAUAGUAUAUAUUAACACUUGAUGGUACUUAUACAACAAAUAUAAACAUGCAUUGCUGUACUGUCUUUGAAUUGUACAAUUGUUUUGGACUGACUGGAGCGUGCAUGGCUUUUAUCAGGGUGAAUCCUCGUGACUCACAAUUUGUAAGGAUAUGACGUCGCAAUCUGGAGAGCGUUUCCUGUGUUUUACCAUGAAUACAUUUUUCAGGACUGUCUGCUUGCAUCGWAGGCCGGUGGAGAGGUUUGAAUAGGUAGAAUCGAAGAUCGCUGCUUUCUGAUUACCGCAAAUAUACGACAUCACUGAUGUUCGUCUACCAACUGUUGCCCUUCCUUUGGGCUGUGUCUGCAAAUGCAGAUUUCUUUCAAUUUGACACUAUUUCAAAUGCAUCUACGUAUUAUUUCAAUUAUAUUUAUUGUAAUCUAUGGGAAGGGGAGUGUCAACCUAAUCAAGAUGAUACGACUCAGCAAGUACCUACGAGGGACCUGUGGGCAGGAUUUCCUCAGGACUACAUCCGUUUGCUGUCACAAUGGUAUUGCAGCCUGGGACAGUGCUGUGAAUCAGGGGAUUGUCGGAUAACAAAUAAUAUUACAGGUUUGGCCAGUGAUCUACAGCUAAAGCUUCAUGGGCAGCACCUUGCCCAAUCAGUGGUUUUGAAGGCUGUGCAGGGCUUCAUCAGUAACCCUGAAUCCAAUAAGCCAUUGACCCUCUCCUUUCAUGGCUGGUCUGGCACCGGCAAGAACUUUGUGGCCCGGAUUGUAGCUGACAACAUGUACCGGGAUGGAGUGAAGAGCGAGUGUGUGCGUCUUUUCAUCGCCCCAUUCCACUUCCCCCAUGCCAGACUGGUGGACAUGUACAAGGGCCAGCUCAGAGAAGCUAUCCGGGACAUGGUGCUUCGUUGCCCACAGACACUUUUCAUCUUUGAUGAGGCUGAGAAACUGCAUCCGGGCCUUAUAGAUGCCAUCAAGCCCUAUAUGGACCAUUAYGACAAUGUGGAUGGGGUCAGCUACAGGAGAGCUGUCUUCUUAUUCCUCAGUAAUAUUGGUGGGACAACCAUCAACGAUGUGGCUUUGGACUUUUGGCACUCAGGGCARAACAGAGAGGACAUUGGGAUGGAGGACUUGGAACACCGGCUUCGUGCUGAAGCUAUGGAAUCUCAAGGAGGCUUUGCACAGAGUGAGCUGAUGUCAGGCCAUCUUAUUGACUUCUUUGUGCCCUUCCUACCUCUGGAGUACCGUCAUGUCAAGCUCUGUGCCCGUGAUGCCUAUGCAGCGCGGGGUCUGGAACCAGACGAGGGAACGCUGGACGAAGUGGCAAAGGCCAUGCUAUAUGUACCCAAGGAGGAGAGGCUGUUCUCUGCCCAAGGCUGCAAAUCCAUACCACAGAGGAUCAAUUUCUUCCUCCCCUAAACAGACUAAUGCAACCCAGAAAACACACAGUAUUUUAGCAAAAAGGAAAAAGUAUGGUGACAUAUUGAACAUUGUUGCAGUGUGGUGUUCCCACGCCUCACCCUACACUGCCAAGAAAGCAAGCAUAGGGCAUCUGUCUCUUGUAAGAUUAUAUCUGAUAACCAAAUAAGAGAUUUUACUAGUG